UGUGUUUGUGUCUCCCCCCCAAUUGCAUAUAAGCAUGGGCUCCUCACGCUUCACAAGCCUUUGCUACUCUUGGCCUUUCCCUCAUCGCCUAAUGCCUUGGCCUCUUGCACCUCCUGCAAGUUGCCGGCAACCGAGAAGCUACCACUAGUAGCUGCUCAGGCAGGCUCCGCUCAGCUCAAAAAGGCGCUCGGGUUUAGUGCACGAAAUGAGCAGCGCGCUGCCCGCGGCAGAUUGGGCGUCGUCGACAGGGAGGACGAGGACGAGGAGCGAGAGGGAGAGAUGUUGCUGCUACUAGGAUUAGCCACGGGCCUCGCCGUCGCCGGGGAAGCCGAGAAGCAGCAGCAGGACGGCGGCGGCGGGGCGGCGUCCUCCGGGGGCGGCGGUGGCCAUGGUUCCAAGAUUAGCCCCGCGGUGCUGUUCGUCGUGGUGAUAGCUGCCGUGGUGCUGUUCGUCUCCUGCCUGCUGCAUCUCGUGGUCAGGCUAUUGCUUAGGCGCGGCCGUGCGCGGGCCCGAGCCGAGGCCGACGGUGGGGUGGACGCGGCGGGCGGCGGCGGCGGCGGCGGGGAGGAGUCGGCGUUGCAGAGGCAGCUGCAGCAGCUGUUCCACCUGCACGACGCCGGGCUGGACCAGGACGUCAUCGACGCGCUCCCGGUGUUCCUGUACAGGGAGGUGGCGGUCGGCGCGGGCGCCAAGGAGCCGUUCGACUGCGCGGUGUGCCUGUGCGAGUUCGCCGGCGAGGACCGGCUGCGGCUGCUGCCGCUGUGCGGGCACGCGUUCCACAUCGACUGCAUCGACACCUGGCUGCUGUCCAACUCCACGUGCCCGCUGUGCCGGUGCGCGCUCGGCGCCGAUGUCGCCGCCGCGCUGUUCGACGGGUUCGACGAGGAAGGCGGCGGGUGGAAGCACGAGGACGCCGUGCUCCCGGUCCGCCUCGGCAAGUUCAAGAACCUGUCCAGGGCAGCGCCUGGCCCCAUCCACGACGGCGCUGGCAUUGUGACCAGGGAGUCCGGCGAGACGAGCAGCAGCAGCAGCAGCCUGGACGCCAGGCGGUGCUACUCCAUGGGCUCCUACCAGUACGUCCUCGCCGAGGCCAGCCUCCAGGUGUCCGUCCACAGGAGGCACGGCGACGGCCAUGCCCGGGCCGGGGCGAGGCUCAGAGGCGUCGGCUCCAACCCCGCAGGCACCGAGACCGGCGGCAGCGGCGGUACCGAGGGGAAGAGGAUCGGCGCCGGCAGCAAGGGCGACAGCUUCUCGGUGUCCAAGAUUUGGCAGUGGCCGCGGAACGGCAAGGGGAAGCUUCCCGUACUCGCGUCCGAUGACUCGCCGGCGAUGAACAUGAACGGCGGCAGGCUGCCGUGGCAGAGGCCAAGUCCUGGGGAUUCGUGAAUCGUGACACAAAGAAAGCGUGUGCGUGGUGGUGCGUGCUCCUGAGCUGAUUUGCUCGCCCUUUUAACCGCUGAAAUUUGUUCAUAGGCAUUCGUUUAUCUUACUAGUAAAUCUCAUCUGCUUGUGGUUGUGGUGAUCUUGGCUUUCUAGGUGCAUGAUGAAGAUGAAAUUUGUGUGUGUGUGCUGAUUAUACCAUGUUCAACAGAGCAUCCCAUCUAGAAUUACCAUGGGAUGGUGAGUGUUUGUGUUGCCGUUCCUUCAUUUGCCAUUCGCCAGCGUCUCUGCUCACAUUUCAGUGGGAGACUAACAUUUUUUUAAAAAAAAA